AGCGAGAGAGAAAAGAUUGUAAUGUAUUACUAGCAUGCAUGCAAUGAUUUAAGACAUAGCAUUUACGCUACUGUCUCCUUUUCCACAGACUUAUACAGGACAGUAUUGUACUCUGCCACUGCUAUAGCUAGAGUAAUGACAGUGCUAUUGAAGUAUUAGUUUAUUUUUAAACUUGAUUGCUACAAUUUGACAUUUCAUUUAAAUCUAGAAUCUCAAAAAUGGAGAAUCCUAGUGUCUUAAGGAGGGAGUUAGUAGACAUUCAUGGUGUCCCCUUGUUCUGGUGCAUUGUUGAAGAGUGGUCCCAGGUGGAGUCGUUUGAGGCCCGGCCAGAUGACAUUCUGAUCGCCACCUAUCCCAAAUCUGGAACAACCUGGACCUGUGAAAUAUUGGAUUUGAUCUAUAACAAUGGAGAUUUAGAGAAAUGCAAACGUGAUGCAAUAUACAACCGGGUGCCAUUCAUGGAACUGAUCAUUCCUGGCCAAGUAAAUGGCAUUAAACAGCUGGAAAACAUACAGUCUCCUCGACUGAUAAAAACCCAUCUGCCUGUCCAACUUCUCCCUUCUUCAUUCUGGAAGAAUGACUGCAAGAUGAUCUAUGUGGCACGAAAUGCCAAAGAUGUGGCUGUCUCUUACUAUUAUUUUUACCAAAUGGCAAAAUUGCACCCAGAGCCUGGUACCUGGGAAGAGUUCCUGGACAAGUUCAUGACUGGGAAAGUGUGUUUUGGUUCCUGGUAUGAGCAUGUGAAGAACUGGUGGGAGAAGAGGAAAGAUUAUCGCAUCUUGUACCUAUUUUAUGAAGACAUGAAAGAAGACCCAAAGAGCAACAUUCAUAAGUUGCUAGAGUUCCUGGACAAAGACCUGCCGGAAGAAACAGUGGCUAAAAUCCUCUAUCACACCUCAUUCAACGUGAUGAAGCAGAACCCAAGUGCAAAUUACACCACCAUGGAGAAAGAUGCAAUGGACCACUCUGUGUCUCCCUUUAUGAGGAAGGGUAUUUCAGGAGACUGGAAAAACAAGUUCACUGUAUCCCAGUAUGAGGCAUUUGAAGAGGAUUACAAAAAGAAAAUGAAAGGAUCCACGCUGCAAUUUCGAUCAGAAAUCUAAGGACCCUUGUUAUUUCUCCUACUCUUAACUGGAGCUUAAAAUGAAAGAACAAAAAUAACUCUUAAAACUCUAAUGAAAUUAAAUUCUACAUGUGAUUUUUCCUUAUUUACUUACAUUAGUAGUUUACAAUAAUUCAAGAAUAUAAAAAUCUAUGUUUGGAAAAUCAAUAGUGCCUUUGAUCAUACUUAGCUUCCACAAAAUGUUUGUUAAUCUUAGCAAUUAAAUCAAUAAGUUAAGAAUGUAAAGCUACCAUGAUAUAUACUGCUUUUCAAAAAUGAAUGAAACAAGUUCUCAGUGAUUAGAAUUGCAAAAGAAAUAACGAGUGGAGUCUUUAAGAUCUAUUAUAACCAAAAAAAAUCUCA